GAACUGUGCUUUCUUUGGUCCCACCCUCUUUCUUGAGCGUGAUCUCACAGUAAGGCGAGCUCCAGCCAUCUGGCUGCGGUGGGCCAAAGAGUCUAGCUAAAAUAUGGCACAGACUCCUACAUGAGUCCAGCUACCACACAGAAGCAGAGUAAGACAGAAGCCUGAGGUACCUUCCCUCACAGGAUCAUCUUAGAUGAGAAGUUCGACUGGAGUUCGACUGGAGCAGAAGAUCCAUGUGUAAAUGUUGCUGGAGCAUCUCUUAAAGUUGCACAUAUGCUUGCAAAGUGAAGCAUGGGUUUGGACGAGGCCCAUCACUCAAGCUCACAUCUCUGUUCACACACAGAAGUGUCACAGAGGAGGUGAGAGCUGAAGAGAACAGUGGAUAUCAUGCUUUGCCUUUUGUUGUUUUCCUUCAUGCAAUAACUUACCAAGGCAAUGAGGAGUCAUUUUGAUCCACGAACCAUGUUUACCUAAAAAGAGUGAAAAGAAGUGUUUUUGCGUGAUCUGUGUGAAGGAAUUCCACGAGAGACAUCACCGGAUGAGUGUGCCGGCAAGAUGAGUGUGCCAGCAAACUGUGGAUUCUCUUUCUCAGCUGAUCGGGCACUGAAGCCACGCAACUGGAAUUUAUAUGGAUCUCCAUGUGCCGUCAACAGACCCAUCGACAUUGUGCAGAAACGCAGGCGUUUUGAUGUUGAGAAUGGGCCGUCGGUGGGCCGCAGUCCUCUGGAGUCCCAGGCCAGUCCAGGCUCUGGCCUCGUGCUGCAGGCCAAUUUCCCUCACAGUCAGCGGCGGGAGUCCUUCCUGUAUCGCUCCGAUUCUGACUUUGACCUUUCACCCAAGGCCAUGUCCCGAAACUCAUCCACGGCCAGUGAGCUGGAAGAGAGUUUGAAGCACUGGGAGGUCAACUGGCUAAAUCGACAUGGAGAAGACAUGAUAGUUACACCGUUUGCACAGGUCCUUGCCAGCUUGAGGACUGUGCGGAGCAACUUUGCUGUUUUGACCCAUCAGCAAGACCGUGUCCCGACCAAGAGGUCCACUGGAAGCAACCCACCAUCCAUGUGCAAGACAAGCCUUCCAGAGGAGCCGUUUCACAAGUUGGCAGUGGAGACUCUGGAUGAGCUGGACUGGUGUCUCGAACAGCUCGAGACUCUCAAGACACGUCACUCAGUCAGUGAGAUGGCAUCUAACAAGUUCAAAAGGAUGCUGAAUCGAGAACUAACCCAGCUGUCAGAGACGAGCAAGUCAGGAAACCAGGUCUCAGAGUUCAUCUCCAGCACCUUCUUAGAGAAGCAACAUGAUAUGGAGAUUAUGUCCCCCCCAACCAAGGAGAAGGAGAAGAAAAAGCGGCCCAUGUCUCAGAUCAGUGGAGUGAAGAAACCCUCACACAGCUCCAGUGUCGCAGCUUCCAGCAUCCCACGCUUUGGCAUCAGCACUGACCAGGAAGAUCUGCUGGCCAAGGAGUUAGAGGACUUUGACAAAUGGGGCGUGGAUAUUUUCAAGAUAUCGGAGUAUUCUGGCAAGCGACCCCUAACGGUAGCGAUGUACACAAUCUUUCAGGAAAGAGACCUGUUGAAAUCCUUCAAAAUCCCUGUAGACACAUUUAUUACCUACAUGAUGGCACUGGAGGAGAACUACCACUCGGAUGUAGCGUACCAUAACAGCAUCCACGCCGCUGACGUGGUCCAGUCCACCAAUGUCCUGCUGUCCACCCCUGCCCUGGAGGCUGUAUUCACCGACCUUGAGAUCUUGGCCGCAAUGUUUGCCAGUGCAAUACAUGACGUGGACCACCCUGGAGUGUCCAACCAGUUCCUCAUCAACACAAACUCGGAGUUGGCUCUCAUGUACAACGAUUCCUCUGUUCUGGAGAACCACCACCUGGCUGUUGGCUUCAAACUGCUGCAGGAAGAAAACUGUGACAUUUUCCAGAACCUGACCAAGAAACAGAGGCAGUCGCUGCGCAAAAUGGUCAUUGACAUGGUUCUAGCCACUGACAUGUCAAAGCAUAUGAACCUGUUAGCGGAUCUCAAGACCAUGGUAGAGACCAAGAAGGUGACAAGUCUGGGCGUGCUGCUGUUAGACAACUACUCUGAUCGCAUUCAGGUUCUUCAGAACAUGGUGCAUUGUGCUGACCUGAGCAACCCAACAAAGCCUCUGGAGCUGUACCGUCAGUGGACGGAUCGCAUCAUGGUGGAGUUUUUCACUCAGGGCGACCGAGAGAGAGAUAAGGGAAUGGAGAUCAGCCCCAUGUGUGACAAACACAAUGCUUCCAUUGAGAAAACACAGGUGGGCUUUAUUGACUACAUCGUGCACCCGCUCUGGGAGACCUGGGCGGACCUGGUUCAUCCUGAUGCCCAGGAUAUUCUCGACACGCUGGAGGACAAUCGAGAGUGGUACCAGAGCAUGAUCCCCCACAGUCCCACUUCCACCCCUGAGGACAAGGGCAUUGUGGUCGAGAUGGGAGCGAUAGGUGGAGGCACCGCCUCAGCGGGGGAGAAAUUCCAGUUUGAACUGACCUUAGAGGAAGAAGGGGAGUCUGACAUCGAGAGUCCUGUGGACGAAGAUUUCACUUCCACCACACAAGAUUCCUCCAAGACAGAUCCAGAAGACAAACAUCCGUCUUCAGCUCCCCGCACACACCUGACCCCUCGCUCCCCUGGCUGCAGGACAAUGUCUUUUAAGAUGGGCGAGCCGCCAGACAGUGAAGAUGAGGAGAGAGAACUUGACCAAGAAGGGAAAAGCGUGUCUUGCCUGCGCCUGGGAACAUAACACUAGUGCACUUUUUACAUUGCAUUCUUUUUUCUUCUUUCGUACCUCUUCCUCACCACCUCCCUAUCCCUCUCCGUCCCAUUCUUAGCUUCCUCCGGUGGAGGCGAUGCAGUGCAGGAGAGCAAAGGAGAGGUAGGAAAGCUUCCACAGGACGUUUUUAUACUGUAGUCACCUUGCACUGGAGAAAGCUCCAACUCUACGGACUGUCCAAGCGUGAAGCUUUCUUAAAACGUUCUCGGUCUCGUGACUUCAGGAUGCCAUUCGGCCUCACCGUCAAGCGUGAAACUGCCUGUGUGUGAUGGACUGAGAGGAAACGUCCUCAAGUGUCUUCCUGAGACAUCCCAGCUUUAAGGUUAACCAACAAGUGGAGCCGUCCGAACAUAUUGAUCCAUAAACAGGACACUUUUUAUGUGAGACGUAUGUGCACUAAAAUGUUUUUAAAAAGACACACUGUUGACUUAAAGCUGGUUUAUUAAUAGCUGAACAGAACAACCUAACAUUUACACAACAGAACAUCUCAGGAUUCAAAGAAACGAUUGCUUUCAUGUAGCAAACAGCUUGAGGGUACCCACAAAGUGACCGCCGUCUUCCUUGGAUCACUAUCAAAUCUCUAGGCUGAAGUCGAGCCAUGAUUGUGAUCUUUUCUAUUAGUAUGUGACGCCACCUAGUGCUUAAUAGUGGAACUGGAGCCACGUUUAUAGGAUUUCCCACUCCAGCCGAACACAGUGGCUCUGUAUUGUUAUUCCUUUGCACAGAUUAUACUCAUGAUCUGACCGUUUUAACUUAAAACCCCUUCAAACCUUUAUCUGUAGAUAGGGUGCUUUAAUUUAAGGCAUUCACAUGGUUUACAUAUGCUUCUGAUUUAUUUUUCUAUUCCGCUUCAUCCAAAGCAUGAGCGUAAGAAUUAUUACACUCUACGUCACAGUUUUAAAACGGCUUGCUUCUGAUAUUCUAGGUAGCACUUUAGAAGAUAUCUGGAGUCAUUCUUAACGUACAGAAGACUAGGAUUUGCGGUGAUCUGCAGGGUAACCAGCUUGUGUACGCACCCUGUAUGUAAGUUGGUCUCUGGAAGGCUGGGCUAGCUUGGAAACCCACAUUAGCUGUAAAGGAAGUGAUCGGUGUCCUCAAAUCACAUGUGUACUUUCUCUCUAUUUCUGUGCUGGUCACACUUAAAAAUAUGAGGUAUCUUAACAUCUUUACAAAUGUAUGAUGUCUAAACAAAUGUUCUAAAAUGAGAGCGGUGCGCUACAAGAUAACACAUUAAGCCAAAGUUGGUUUUCUGGGCCAGACCUUUUGUGUUCUUUGGUUUUUGGUGAUUGAUCAGUGCUCUGCUCUUCGCAGGGACAUAGCCAAUCACAGUACAAGUGCCAAGCACGCAUGAUCCAUAUGCUGUACUGUAAUUUCCAUGUUGCCACUGGCUAUUUUCCAUCAAUGACAUCAACUACUGUCAGCAACAUACUGAUUUGAGCAUUUACUUUUCUUUUCUUUUGUUAUUCAAAACUGUCGAUUUGUCAAGCUGAAUUUUUAUUUAAGAGUUUUCAUGAUUUAUAAGUCUUUCUGACGCAGUGUGCUCAUUGUUAAGUCAGAUUAUUUGUGUCCUUUUUAUACCAUGGUAUGAAUUUUAAUAUUGGAUACAGUGAAUCUUUGUAUGUAAGUGGAUUACAGUAAGCGGGGCUUUUAAUUAUUGGCUUUAUGUUCACCUUAAUGUCAGUCUGUGCUCUUUAGCAAUGUUUCAUGUGGUGAAAGAGAUGCUGAGCGGCCAUGCAAAGUUCAACUGACUGUAUCCAUACAGCACACCUCUGUUCGGUCUUUUUUUUUAUUCUUCCACAGAUCUGACAAUCCCAACAGUACUGUUGACCACUACAAUGCUGUUACUAAUAUUGCUGUGAUCGUUUUCCUGUUCCCAAAUAAUGCCAAUAAAUGAAGAACUAUUAGUAA